GUAUAAAUUGACUUCCGCUAAAGUGAACAUCCCUUUCCUGUCCACGGCACGCAGCAAGAUGGCGGCGCAAAUCUCCAAGAAGAGGAAGUUUGUGUCAGAUGGCAUCUUUAAAGCCGAGCUGAACGAGUUUCUUACUCGUGAACUUGCCGAGGAUGGCUACUCUGGCGUAGAGGUGCGAGUCACCCCGACCAGAACAGAGAUCAUCAUUCUUGCCACAAGGACCCAGAAUGUCCUGGGUGAGAAGGGACGUCGCAUCCGUGAAUUGACUGCUGUUGUCCAGAAGAGGUUUGGUUUCCCUGAGGGCAGUGUUGAGCUGUAUGCAGAGAAGGUGGCCACUAGGGGCCUGUGUGCCAUCGCCCAGGCAGAGUCUCUCCGCUACAAGCUGCUGGGAGGGCUGGCAGUGCGCAGGGCAUGUUAUGGCGUUCUCCGCUUCAUCAUGGAGAGCGGGGCAAAGGGAUGUGAAGUGGUGGUUUCUGGGAAGCUCAGGGGCCAGAGGGCCAAAUCAAUGAAGUUUGUUGACGGCCUGAUGAUCCACAGUGGUGACCCUGUCAACUACUACGUCGACACCGCUGUCCGCCAUGUCCUCCUCAGGCAGGGUGUGCUGGGAAUCAAGGUGAAGAUCAUGCUGCCCUGGGACCCCAGUGGCAAGAUUGGCCCCAAGAAGCCCCUCCCCGACCACGUCAGCAUUGUGGAGCCCAAGGACGAGGUCCUCCCCACCACCCCAAUGUCUGAGCAGAAGGGAGCUAAGGCAGAGGUUCCUGCUAUGCCACAGGGUGGGCCUGUCACCACUGCAUAAAGGUGUCCACCAUUUCCUAAAGCCGGGAACACUUGGAAAUUUUGUGUACAAAACCAAUAAAACCUGGAAAAGACCAA